AUGAUCCGGCGGAUUCAUGGACUUGCUGCCAACUGGGUCCAGGGAUGGAUAUCCAACUUCCUCUUUGGCUCGAUUCUCAUUGCCAUUCCUCUUCGUUUCAUCGUUGGCUUCAUCGCCGCUUGGUGGCAGUCUCGUUACGGCGGCUUCGUUCCCGCCGGAUGUGUCCUCGCGGGAUUUCAGCGCCUGGCCAUGAUUUUUGGAGACUCAGGUCCCUUUGCAGACAUGCUUGGGGUUUGGUUCUUCGGCUGGAUCAGCGAAUUCAUCUCCACCAACACCCUCUUGGGCACGAUUUGGCGAUUCUUCGUGGGUGGUCUCUUUUUCUAA